CCAGCUUUAUAUAGCGCUCUUUUCAUGAUAAACACGUUCAAAGGCUCUUUACUUAGUGCACGUGCAGCCACUUGUAUAAAACAGAGAAGCUGUAUGAGGCAGGCAGCUAUAAUUAUAGUGCAGUACUUGUACAGAACAGACACACUACAGUGUGCAGUACUUGUACAGAACAGACACCCUACAGUGUGCAGUACUUGUACAGAACAGACACACUACAGUGUGCAGGACUUGUAUAGAACUAUAGAACUGUGUGUGGUACCGGACAUAUAUGGAACAGAAACUAUAUGUUUCAUCAUAGUGUUCUACAUUUACACCAUUGCAACGAGAACAAUACGAAGGACUCUAUUACACGAAUGUGGAGAACUUAUGUUUUAAGACUUAAAAACGUUGAGAAAAAAUUGUGAAAAUCACGACAAACAAUAGCCUAAUAUAUUAGAUAAAUGCAGAAAUGGACAAAAGAAAUGGAGCUGCGUACGAAGUAACGGCUGUCAUGGCGAAGAAAACCGGAAAUGAAGAAAGCGGUGACAGAUAUGACGUCAGAUGCGGUUACGGAAGUUGCAAACCUGAAGGACUCCAGAAUUGUAACAAUCCGAAAAUCCUGUUGUUGCUUCUUUGUAUAUUCGCAGUGUGCCAAGGCUUUGUCGUGAAUGGUGUAAACAACGUGAACACACAGUCGGUUGAGAGGCGCUUCCACUUGCCGAGUUCCAGGUCGGGCCUCAUUUCAAGUUCAUAUGAUUUUGCAGCAGCGAUAUUUGGAGUGGUGAUAAGUUUCUUUGCAUCAGGACGGUACAAAGCUCGAUGGGUUGCUGGGGCAACGUUUGUGAUGGGUCUAGGGUCUUUAACAAUGGCCCUUCCACAUUUCGCGACAGGGCUGUACGAGUGGGGACAAGAUGUUUCAACGAAGACAUGCAGUCUUGGUUUUAACUCGACUGAGGAUGCUAUAUGCGAGAAGACAAAUCUUCGCCACUACCUGGGUGUUCUCAUGUUGGGUAUGAUAUUCCACGGUAUAGGUGGCUGUAUCAUGUACACUGUUGGUGUUGGUCUGAUUGAUGACAGUGUUAGCGAGGUUCGAUCCCCACUUUAUAUUGGUAUAUUUUACGGCGCAGCAGCGCUUGGGCCCGGACUGGGAUACAUUGUUGGAGGACAGCUUUUAAACAUUUACGUCGACUUUGAUCAGGUUGACACAAGCACAAUUAACUUGAAGACAGAUGAUCCACGUUGGGUAGGGGCAUGGUGGCUAGGAUUUUUCAUCACGAUGACAAUAUGUUGGUUACUCACAAUCCCCUUAUCUCUCUUCGGAGCUGAAAUGCCAAGUGCAAAGAAAGUUAGAGAAUCGCGUAUAUCACAGAUGCAUCAGGGGGUCACUGAUUCCGACGGACAUGGCACAAACAAGCGGCUACCAAUCAGAAUGUUUCCUAAAGUCACGUGGGCCCUGAUUCAAAAUGCUCCAUUUGUAUUCACAAUGCUAGCAGGAGCUUCGGAAGGAAUUUUAACUUCCGGGUUUGCUACGUUUGUGCCUAAAUACAUACAGAAUCAGUUUGGAGUAUCCUCGGGAUCCGCAGCUUUAUAUACAGGUGCUGCGGCAGUCCCUGGUGCAGCGGGAGGCAUGUUUUUCGGAGGUUUCAUCUGUAACCGGAUGAAGUUUAAAGUUCGAGGCAUGUUUCGGUUUUCUAUUAUAACCUGUAUGCUCACAAUUAUUUCCGUCAACAUACUGUGGAUCACGUGUGAUGAGGCCACGUUUGCCGGAGUCAAUACUGCGUAUGAAUCUGGUGGACGAACAGACAAUGUGGAAUCGUCAUGCAAUAAAGACUGUGCCUGUACCACACGGUAUUAUGAUCCGGUAUGUUCCAGCACAGGUGUGCAGUACUUCUCUGCCUGUCAUGCAGGAUGCCAAAAUAUGACAGACAGCGACAGCGGAGGGGAGACAUUCUCCAACUGCACGUGUAUAUCAGACAGUUCUGCGACGGUGAAAUCGGGCACGUGUGAUUCAGGUUGUGGCCUCAUGUAUGUGUUUCUCGUGUGUUUCUUUGUAACUAUAUUCCUCACCUUCUUGCCCUCGACACCAAGCGACGCUGCCACUCUCAGGUGUAUUCAUGAAGACCACAGAACGUUUAGUAUGGGAGUUAAAUGGCUCUUUAUCCGAUUAUUAGGGACGGUUCCUGGCCCCAUUAUAUUUGGUGCAGUAACUGAUACAGCGUGUCUUGUUUGGCAAGAUGAGUGCGGGGAACCAUCUUCAUGUUGGAUAUACGACAAUGGUGUAGUUAGCCGGAACUACUUUCUAAUUGCAAUGGCCGCCAAAGGGCUUUCAAUAAUAUUCUUUUCCCUAGCAUAUUGUUUAUAUAAGCCACCAGAAGAGGCUAAAGUUAAAUUCGAUACCAGAGAAACUCCAAAGAGGCAAAUGGCGUUUAUAAAUGGAUCUUUCAGGGAGUCAGAAUUUGAACAAAAUGUCCAAGAUACAGAUGUUGCUCAAAAUACAAACAUUGAUAACCAGACGACCGAUUUAUAAAACAUGUAAACUUCAAUAUGAAGAAGAACUUUUUAUUACGCAUGGUAUGGUAAGGUGCCAAAAGUUAAAACAUUGCGUUGCUAGGCUAAAAGUGGUUAUAAAAGGGAGAAUACUCGCUUACGUUUAAAAAGAAGAAAAUCAUUUGUCAGUCAAAUCGGGUUCUCAACUUUGAUAAUAAAAGUGAGUCUAAAACAGAUAAAAAGGUGUGUAAAAUCAUAGACUAGUGCAGUACAUGUAUUCACUGUUUCUGGUGUUUUGACACAAAUUUCUGAUCCCGGUGAUGUGCAGUCCUUUGCAAAUGAUAACAAAUCAUGUCAGUUUUUAUUAUUCGACAUUCCAACAUAUUGGAAAUAACGAAGGCAGGGACUGAGACGAGAUAUAACGAGAUACACAUAUCUUCGGUUGUGUUCCAUACAUAUCAGCAUCCUUAAUCAAAGUGUGAUAUAAGAACAACGUUCAUUGUACCACGGACACAAAAUUUGCCAUGAAAAAAUGCAUUUGAUAAAAAUGUUUACGAUUAUAAUUUAUAUUUGAUAAUACUCGUAUAUCUCUACAAUUGCAAUCAGUGUCUUUCUCAUACAGAUAAUAUUUGCAUAGUUUUGUUUUUAAAGAUAUCCAAUGUCCAACUUUAUACUUCAUCUAUAGUAUCUACUUCAAAUGUUUAUACGCACACACAUAGCAUAGGCAGAAUGUAGAGUCUAAGUAUAACUUUGAGUGGCUUGUUACAUACAUACGUCUGAAACAGACUGUAUAUAGGCUGCAGAAAUUUCGAUCCCUUCUUUUUGUACAAAGAAUGUAAAAUUUACAAAUUACAAAUGGCCGUGUACUGGGAUGUGACACAAUGAUACACUAUCUGCCUCGAUCAUUGCCCAAUUGCUCACAACAUGUACACGUAUAUUUCCGCUAGAGGAUUUUCUGUGUACAUCUAUCUGCUAUUGAUAUUGGUUUGCUUUUAUAAUUCUAUUAAAUGAAACCUAUUCGAAAUAUCUAACAUCAAUUUAACCCUUACCAUGUUGGACACGAUAUAUUCUGCAUUUACUACCAGUGUAGAUCAUGAUCAGCCUGCACAUCCGUGCAGUCUGAUCAUGAUCUGCACUGUUCGCUAUUUAGCCAGUAUCUUUUUGGUAUGCACCCCUUUUAACAGUUAAUGUGUUCAUUAUAGAAAUUUAGCAGAGUAAGGGUUAAAGUAUAUUAAAUUUUGAAGGCUUGUAUUUGAAUCGCAUCUGCGUUUAGAAAUAAUUUUCUUUUGGAAGGUUUUUUCUGUGUAUUAUAUUUUUGGGAUGCCGACGACUUAAAGGGUCAGGCAUCCAUUCCGUGUUCUCACUUUUAGCUUGAAGAAUAAGGAGAGCUACUGCACUCACCCCGGCAUCAUCGUUCAAUAUGUUCUUCAUUACUUAAAAUAUUCGACUGAAAUUCGCUGUACUUUUUCUAUGUUCAGUAAAAGGUAAAACAAUAUGAUAUGCAAAACAUGAAGGUUUUUGUAUAACACUGUUAGAUUACUUCACAUCAAUAACUCAAGUUAUUAAUUCAUAUCAGUAAUACAUCACAAACAUCAAUACUUAAGGUCCACAAAUAAGCAGGUUCUAUAUAAAACUACUUUUAAAAUAUAUCAAAUAUUGAUGUCUGGUAAUCUCAUAUAAUUUUGGUAUCAUUUGCAAGUUUAUUGUCUACUGAAAUCCAGUUAUUACAGUGUAUGAUUUAUCAUUUCCGUGUCAGAAAACAGAACUGUAGUGGUUCGUGCAUAUUAUUUAUGAUCAUCUUGUUUACUUAUCGUUGUUCAGCAUUCUAAAGUUUAAUCGAAGUUUGAAACAAGAUCUCUAUGUCGGGACAGUUUUGAAAGAAUCUAUUGAUUUGUUGCGCUGUAAACUACGGAUCAAAACGCAGCUGUCAAGCUUUUUUGAGUUGUUCCCCUUCAAUCGUAACAAAGUUUGAAAUAUAAACAAGUAUUUUACAUUUGAAAUAAUUUUUCUUUCCAACACAGCUUUUUCCUGUUUAAUAUUUGAAAAUCUUAACUCGUUUCUUUGCUUUCAAAUAAUAAAUUUCGUUUCAAAAAUGAAAGUAUUUAAGACGUUAGAGGUUUUUUUAAUCAGUAGUACUUGUACACAAUGCUACCUCGAAAAAAUCGAGAGUCGAGUGCUCCUCGGGCAAAACUGAAUAAAAUGUUUCGUUUAAAAAAUAUUUGUUUAAUAUCACAGUAUACCCCCAAAAAGAUGCUUUUAGGUUUUCGUCUUAAGUUUACAUGUCAUUAAAUGUUAAAUAUAUUUUGUGAUAUCAUAAAAUAUUUUAAAGAUAUAAAAUGAUCUAACGAUAGCACACAAGGGUAUUACAAAAUAAUGAAUAAAUAGUAAGUCGGCACUGCAUAAAUUGUGUCAUUCGCUGUUAGCUGACGGACAUCGAGUCAUUAUUUUAUCUCAGCUGGGCAAGGUUUUUUUUCCAUAUCUUUUAUUGUUUUAUUUUCUUUCAGUUAUCUAUGAAUAUUUUUAUAUGAGAUGUUUUAUAAAAUGUUGUAAAAUAAAUAAAUAUAAUUAUUUGUUUA